AUGUCAUUGUUGUGCUUGACUGCACUAUCAAGAGUAGAAUCUGUGCAAGAGUUAUUAUAAUAAACUAAGGAUUAAUAUCAUUUAGAAUAAGAUAUUGAUGCUCUUAAAUCAAUAUUUGAAGCAGAGUUGGAUAUUAAGUAACAGAAGGAUACAUCGGACUAGCUUCCAUCUUUUUACAAAGGUAAUCAAUUAUCAUAUUAAGAAGAUUCCAUAUAAUAGUCGAUAUUAUUAGCUAAAGUAAUCAAAUCUGAAUAGAACCUAACUAAAAGUACUUAUCCAAAUACAAGUUACAAUUACACAUAUCAGUCAUCUUCCAACCAAUAUCCGACCUUUAGCAACUCAAGCAAUUCAUCAAAUACAUCAAACACUACAAAUGAAUCUUAUCCUUAAAGCAACCCUACCUAAAACUACGCUUAUCCAUCCACGUCUAAUAGUUUCAGUAGUUCCUCAUCCUAAAAAGCAACAAAUUAGACUUCAACUAUUAAUUAUGUCAAUGGAUCCUCAAAUUACAAUAAUACAAUAAAUAGUAGAUAUAUUCCGUCAAGACUACAAUUAAAAGUUAGAAACAAUUCAAAAUUGCAAUAGGGAUAACUCAAAGAAAACACCUAAAAUGUUACUUUUUACAACGCCUCUAGUGGAACUUACGAAUAUGUCAUUAUUUAUAAUAACACUGACACUUAAGAAAAUAAUACUGAAUCUGAGUAUUAUUACUAUCAGAAUAGUAAAGUAGUUACUUUAGAGAGGGAAUAUGAUGAUUAGGGUAAUGUGAUUUAUAGAAACUUCAACCUUAAUUAUUCUUUAAUCGUAACCUAGAAGUCUACCAACUCAAAUUUGAACGAGUAACAAUAAACCUUUGGAACACUCGUUUAUACAAAUCAAACAAUUUCUGCAGAAUAUAAGACGUAAGGACGCUACAAUAGACUUGUAUCUAACAAUGAUGGUAGUGGUUCUGAUUAUUAAAGUUAAGUUUAUGAUAUUAGUGGAAAAGCAAAAUACUCUAAUUAAAUAGGAAAUUAUGAAUAUCUUGAUAUCGACUUCGGAAGUGCUAACUAAAGGUAAACUAAUGGAUCAGAAUACAAUAGCGAUGAAUAUACUUACGAUGAUUUAAGAAAAGGCAGCGCUUGGAUAAAUCGCGACUAAAAUGCCUCAACCAGAUCCUCAAAUGAAGUUUAAAAGCAAACCCAAUAUUAAAUAUCCAAUGAUUAUACUUCAGGAAAUAACUCAUCAAUCUCUCACUAUCAAAAGGCUUCUACCAAAAACAAUACAGAAUAAACAACCAGGAAUUAAAGAACAAAUGGCACAAUUUCAAAUACUCAAGACAACUAUUAAUAAUUAAACUAAUCAUAAUCGAAUAGCACUACUAUAAGAUAUAAUGAAUAUUAAGCAGAAACUAAAGAUUAACGUGAUACAUAAUUAAAAACAUCAUAUUCAGACUCCAAAUCUAAUUACAAAUCAAAUUAGACUAUUUUGGAAUACAACUAUACUCUAAAUGAGAUCAAAAAUGAUUCUUUUGAUAAUUCCAGCACCUAUUAUAAAGCUUCCAACAAAACCUAUGAAAAUAUAGAAGGAUCCCAAUCAUGGUAUGCUUAUUAUCAUGAUAACUAAACCCAUUCAUAUAUCUCUGGAUCAAAUCAAGGAAUUCUAAAUCAAACUAAUUCAUAAUUCACUAGUGGACCAAACUCUACAGUGGACACCAUCGAUUCCAAAGUCACAACUGCCCGCUCAUAUAAUUAUAAAAGAGACGAUUAACCUUAUGAUUAUGGUGGUUCAAGUUAGACAACCCACACUUAAUCAACAGUAGAAGAGUCAAAAUAACAAUUCAAUCAAUUAAGAGGUUUAAAGAAAUAAGCCUCAGGAUCAUGGAGAUAAAUUGAAACUGCAGAACUUUAACAAUCUAAUUCAAUGAUCAUUGAAGAAGCCAUUAAUGAAAUUAAUAAUAAAUUCAAUCCUUAAUAAGAUGGAUAUCAGUUCGAAUCAGUUAUUAGCGUUUAAGAAUAAAUUGUUUCAGGAAUCAACUACAAGAUAUACUUAAAUUAUUCUAAACCUAGAUUUGAAUCAUAGAUAUUCGAAGUAAUCAUUAAUUCAAUGUAAUUGUAUUAAUUUAACUUUAGUCCUUGGAAAACCAGUUCCAAUCAAGUAAUCUAAUCAGCUAGAUUAGAUAAGAUUGAAAAUUGA